UCUGGAGCAGCAGCAGCAGCAGCAGCAGUGGAAGCCUCGCUGCCUCUCCUCGCCUCACAGUGCGGGAACACAGCAGCGGAGAGAGCGGAAUGGACACGGAAGGGAGCCAGAGCAGCCUGUCCUCCGGCACGGACAACUCCCCCCACGACCCCUGCAAAAUGUUCAUCGGGGGUCUGAGUUGGCAGACGACACAAGAGGGCUUGAGGGAUUACUUCGGUAAAUUCGGCGAGGUGAAGGAGUGCAUGGUGAUGCGGGAUCCCGUUACCAAGCGGUCGAGGGGGUUCGGCUUUGUAACAUACGCAGAUCAAGCGGGUGUGGAAAAGGUUUUGGCGCAAAACAGACACGAAUUGGACUCCAAAACGAUUGAUCCAAAGGUGGCGUUUCCGCGUCGAGCUCAGCCUAAGCUGGUGACCAGGACAAAGAAGAUCUUUGUCGGAGGGCUGUCAGUCAAUACCACCAUCGAGGAUGUGAAGCAAUACUUUGAUCAGUUUGGAAAGGUCGACGAUGCCAUGCUCAUGUUCGACAAAACAACCAACAGACACAGAGGUUUUGGUUUUGUCACCUUCGAGAAUGAGGACGUGGUGGAGAAAGUGUGUGAGAUCCACUUCCACGAGAUCAACAGCAAAAUGGUGGAGUGUAAGAAGGCCCAGCCCAAAGAGGUGAUGACGCCCACGGGCUCGGCCAGAGGGCGCUCGAGAGUCAUGCCCUACGGGAUGGACACGUUCAUGCUGGGCAUCGGCAUGUUAGGAUACCCAGGAUUCCAGACUACUACCUACACCAGCCGCAGCUACUCGGGACUAGCACCUGGAUACACCUACCAGUUCCCAGAGUUCCACUUAGAGCGGACCCCACUUCUGACAACAUCCCACCCCCCCGAACUGGCAGCCAUUCCCCUCACUGCUUACGGACCAAUGGCAGCUGCAGCAGCAGCAGUAGUCAGAGGCUCCACUCCGUCACGCACAGCUGGCUUCCUGGGCACCAGCAGCCCCGGACCAAUGGCCGACCUGUAUGCUGCAGCCAAUCAGGACUCAGGAGUUAGCGGCUACAUCAGUGCAGUUAGCCCCGCCCCCUCUACAGGGUUUGGUCACGGUUUAGGGGGUCCUCUGAUUGCUACUGCAUUCACUAAUGGCUACCACUGAGGAGACUCGUGUCACCGAGGAUUGGAGUGAUUCUUCUCUGCUGUUGAGCCAAUCAGAACGCUGGCUGCCCACCGAUGGCACAAUCUGAUUGGCUGGGCCACAAGCUCCAGCAGGCUCUUCCAGCUGCACGUGGCUCCACCCACCGACUGAAUAUCUUUUUUAAACCAGUUCUCUCAUUUCACCGUACUAAUCUCACUUCACCACAACAUCCUCGUUUCUCCUCUUUCGUCUUCAUGUAGUGUAACGACUAGCUCCCACCUCCCUCCCCAUCAGUUAUCCAUUUCUUCAUUCUUUUGAAGCCGACAAAAGAAAACUGCUGAAAAACAAAAAACAAAACACAAAAAAUUACAUCUGACAAACUGUCAUUGUUGAGUAAGACAAAAAAACAACCUUUUUUUUUUUUAAACUUUUCAUUAUUUUAUUUCAACGUGAUGUGUCAUUUUGUCAUGAAAUCCCGCAAAGCUGUUACUGAUGUGAACAGAAGAACCCGUGUGAGAUGGAUUGUGUGAAAUUCCCGUUUUUAACUAAGGAAGAACAAAUCCAACAAAGUCCAUUUUUUACAUUCAAGUGUAACAAAACACGGAGAAACAAACAAAAAACAAAACAAAAACAAAAGUGUAUAUUUUGGUAGUCUUUAAAAACAAAACCUUUGUAAUAUUGUUAUUAAUAUUGACAUAAUGAUAAUCUGUAAGGUAUUUUAUUCUGUAAUUGGUUUUAAAGCAAUGUUUUUAUGUCUUCCUGUAAGAUAUUGUACAUAAACACGGGGUAAGGGGUGGAGGGGUUACCGAAACCAGCUCGCAUGCCAUUGGUUGGUUUGAAGAGGGUUACCGGUAGGGCUGCUCGAUUAUGGCAAAAAUAAUCACGAUUAUGGUGACUGAAAUUGAGAUCUCGAUUAUUUAAGACGAUUUUUCAAUUUAUGUUGAUUUUAUUUGUUUUUAUUCAGUCAUAAAAUUGCUCAGGGCACAUUCAGGACAAAAAGAAAUAAGAAACAAGAUGAUCACUAAAAUAACUCCUGAUUCCCGGUAUAAAAAGACCAAUAUACUUAUAGCUCAUAGUCUAUGACCCAAGGGCUAUAGACCUUGGUUUAACUCAUUUAAGUCUAACCAGUACAGACCCAAAUACCAAUAUCUUGCAAAUACUGACAGCAAGAAUUAUACAGUGGCAUUUAUAACAAAUACAUGCAAAUUGAUGUUCACAAAAUGUUGCAUAACGUUCACUGAGUCGUGUCAAGGUGCUGUAGGAGAGUACACUAGCACCCUGUCCUCAGAUUAGUUAUUAUUUAUCAGAGUGAGGAACUUAUUUCUACCUUAUUUAUAAACUAUGUAUUUACAAGUCCAUCAGUUAAUGUAAUAAAUGUCCCAACCACAGCUGCACCCCCCACCCCCCAACCCGGUCUCAGUAAUCGGGGCAAGCUGCAUGUGUGUUUAGCACACCGCACGCGUUUUAGUGGCUCAGGAGUCCGCAGGUGCGGUGCGUGUGUCACUCACUCUGGUUACUCCAACAGGGAGCCGGCUCCGAGAGCUGUCUUUAGCGACCGACACAUCACUACAUCAUUCCCUUUCCUAAUGUUGUGAAGAACGGUCCGGAGCGCAGGCGGAGUGUUAAGCUAACCUGCAGGAAAUGUCAACGACAGUUAUCCAGAAAGUAGCUAAGGGUUACCAGAGAUGUUUCUGAGGUGUUCGCUAGGUACUUUUAAGAUUUAAAAAGUCAAGACGGGGGUCUGAAACGCUGUUGGAAAUCGCGUCAAAGUCGCUAAGUUGGCAACACUGUGGGAGGAGCGCUUCAUUUGCAACUCAGGGCAGCGCCAGUGGGAGGAGCAAAUAAUCGGCUUGUUUUGUUUUUAUAAUCAUUCAAAACUCAGAUCGUAAUCGUGAUUAAAAUUCGAUUAAUUGAGCAGCCCUAGUUACCGGCAUUUUGACUGGACGUCAUCUGCUGCUCAUCUCACUACUUUAACCUUACUGCACAUAGAUGUGCAUGUCAGCCAGUCCUCCCUACUGACUUGUCAACAAGUACAUUUCCAGGACUUUAUCUGGUGUAUUUGCUCAUUUAUUACCUAUAAUUUCCUUUUUAAAAGCAAGUUUCAUCUUGCAUCUCCUUCAGAACCUUUGAUGAACGAUGACAAACUUUAUGGAAGAAUAACGACUCAAGAAGGAGUAACUGGGGUGUUAUUUUGUUUGAGGGGAGCUGACCAAACCUCCUCUUUUAGAAAAUAUUAUACAUAUAUUUUGUGCAGUUUUUGCUUAAUGUUUUUGUUUAUGUUGUUUUUAUUUAAAUUUUUUCAGUUUCUCUUUUACGCGGUGUUUUUGUCCAUCGCGGAGGAAACAGACCGACAACAAAUGAAGGACGUUCUCAGAACACAGUUGUAGAAAAUCACGAUCAUGUUCUGUCCUGCGAUCGCUUAUUGAAGGUGCAUGUGUCUGAGCGUGUGUGAGCCAGUGUUUGUGCGCGUACAUCAAAGAGUAAGGUGGAACUACUUCUGGCAAUAAAAGGAGCAUUUGGAUUGCCUUUUUUCCUUUGGUACUGACAAAAAAAAAAAAAGAUUGCCCUGUUCCAUUUUUGUUGAUCUGCUUUUUUCGCCUGACUUUCUUCCAUUUCACAUUGACUUAUGAUGAAUUUGUGCUUUUCUGGAACCAACAUAUUUUUGUUUAUAUGUGUGCUCCGAGUGGUGGAGGACACAGGGGCUGGGCAGGGAACCAGGAAUGGAACAGGGUCACGCUCCCAGUCGGCUCUGAUACAGGGCCUCAGACUGGCUGGCAGGAAAACGCUGGAAGGAGCUGAACGUCUGCAGAGGAACAAGGAGCCUGCUUGUUCGGGCUUCCAGCACAGCAGAACAACCUCCCGAUCCAGCCAGCAGCUCCUCUGUCAGACAGGCUGGGACACGAUUAAAAAAAAAAAAAAAAAAACUACUGCUGGACACCAACACUGUAACUUUUUAACUUACAAUAAAGCAAUAUGUUAUUUUUUACCUUACAAAUGAGAAUAGUACUAUUAUUGGUAAUAGCAGACAACAAGUGGAAAACUUCUGCGGCAUUAAGAGUUAUUUUCAGAAAAAAAAGAAACUAUAUUUUUCUGUUUUGAGAUAUUUGUUCCCCCCUUUCCUUGGAUAUUAAUUUUAUUGAUGUCUUGUUUUGGAGAUGUAUGGAUGAGGGCCGAUGAGCUCUGAUCAUGAUUUGAACGGCCCCUUGUUGAGAUUUCUUUCUUUUAUUUUUUUUCUUUCUGACUUUCAAAUUGAAGUUCUUAAUAAAUUAUUCUAAAGCA